CAGCUAAGACCAACGCUGGUCGCAGAGUCAAGCUCGAUCUCUUCGCGGAACCCUCCGGAGAUUUGGGUGGCUCUGCAGAACACAAUGAACAUGGAGAAGAUACUAAAUACAAAGGCCAUGCUGGGGUACCCAAUUCACCAUCUUCUUCAGGUGGGUUCCGUCAGUUUUCUUCAAAAAGGACUUUGUAGAGAGGACAUGUGUGCUCAACAUUAUGUUGUUCGGUGGAAUUUGGAUACUAUAUGUGCAAGACAUGUUAUGUUAUUUUCCUCCCCCCUCGAGAUUUUGUUUUCAGACUGUAGGGUGGCUGUUGUCACGUUCAGAACAUUCGUUGUCAGAUCAUGUCGGGCCCUGCCACAGUGCAAUUAUGAGUCACUCCCAUUCGUUAUGCCCUUUAUGGCAGCCGCAAAGCGUUUUGGAGAGUUCGGCUGGGAUUUUUUUCUAUCGGUUCGUAUGUCCUGGCUUUAUUUUGCAUUGUACUUGCUGACAUUUUUCUUCCUUGUGAACAGGUGGCUGCAAUGAAGAGAUACUAAUCUUCUCAAUUCAAAUCUAUAUACUUAGACAACUGUUGUCUCCUCAAUUUUAGUUGCUCUUACUUCCGUUCUACAUUAAUACUCCUGCCCAUUUGUUUGUUUAGGUCAGAAUUUACAAAAUCCACUGCUGUUACUUGGGCAAUAUAGUGAUGACGAUUUGGAUGAUGAUUCAAAUCAUAGCGAUGUUUCUGCAGAAAAUUCCUCGCCUGACAAAAGCGAUGAGGUUAAGAGUUCGCUUGGUGAAUCUCGUGAGCAUUUGGAUGCCAAUGCUUGUGAAGACAUUGCUUCUCAGAAGGUUGAGAAACAGGGAGGUAAUGCAAAUUCUGCCCAGCAAGAUUGUGAGCAGAACAUGGACCACAGUGAUAAAAGAGAGAAUGAUGAUAUCGUCUCUAGUGAUUUACGUACAGAAUCGGAUUUGAAGCAACAGAUCUCUGUUCCUGAAACCUCAAGCGUACAAGUCAUUGGAGAUGUUAGUUCAGGUUGGAAGAUUGUGAUGCAUGAAGAGAGUAAUAACUAUUAUUACUGGAAUACUGAAACUGGGGAAACUUCAUGGGAAGUCCCUGAUGUUUUGGCCCAGGAAACGAAGUUAAGUGACCAGGAAAUGCCUACUACUGUUGGAACAACAGAUACAACAGAUAAUGCUACUGGUGGUGCAGAAGACUCUAACUUAGCUUCUGAUGUGAAGUUAGAUGGUUUCUCUAAUUCUGUCACAAUUGAAGGGGAUGCCAAUAUGAUCCCUCAUGGAAUAGAAUCGCACGGACAUGUGUCACAAAUUGACAAGUGGAAUCUAGAAUUCAAUAAAGGAGCCACUCAAGAUACAAUGGCUAAUGAAGAUUAUGAAUCAGCGAUUGCUCUCUCCUCUGGUCUUAUCAAACAUUGUGAGACAUUGUUAGGAAGAUUGAAGUCACUGCAAGGGUCGAAGGACCUGCUGCCAGGUCUCAACUGGAUCACAAAGUACACUAUGGAAGUUGAGAUAAGGCUAUUUGAUAUUAAGUCUCUUUUAUCUCACGGUUCAUCUCUGCUUCCAUUUUGGAUGCACUCUGAAAGACAACUUAAACAACUAGAGAGUGCUCUUGACGAUGAAACGUCCAAGAUUGUUAAAUCUCUACAGUCGAAUGAUACUGAGGCAACUAAUCCAUCUUUCUACGAGGCUAACAACAAUUUUCAGGAAAAAGGGGGGUAUAAAAGUGAAGUAGAUCAAGUUGGUACUCUGGAUGAUCGUCAUGUUACUCCUAUUAUUGAUACAUCAGCAAUAGUUUCUAAAGAUCAAGAUGUUAAAAAUUCUGGUGCAAAUGCUGAGCAUGUGUCUGCGUCUGGCUCUCCUACUAGACAUAUGGAUAGUGGCGCAAGUGAACAAGUCAAUGAGGUGGUAGUUCCCUAUGAGUCGACUACCAAAAAUGAGUUUUGUGGUGGGGAAGAGGUUGACAUGGAUGUGGACAUGGAAGUUGAAGAGUCAAACUAUGCAGGAGAUACAACUAUUGAAUAUGCAUUGAAUUCCAAGGAGUUUGCUCGACCAGAGCAGCCAAUUCAUCCAAGUCCACCUUCAGUAUACACAUCUUUAGUGUCAGAGGAUACGUUCACCAUUCCACCUCCCCCAGAUGAGGAAUGGAUUCCCCCACCACCACCUGAUAAUGAAGAAAUUCCUCCGCCCCCACCUGAUGAGCCCCCACCUGAGCCCCCAUAUUCUUCUCAUCCAUCUUACCCUGAGACAGUGCAACCUCCUUAUGCAGAGCAAUACAAUUAUUCAUAUCCAGCUUCCAGUUUUGGGUAUUACGGGCAUACCGCCACUGAAGCUCCUAACACUAAUUUUUAUGGACAUCCUGAAGGAUCCCAACUAGUUAUACCCCAGGCACCACUUUACUAUGGUGCAGUUCCAAGCACCUACAUGGAAACUGCUCAGGUUGCAGUUAACCCUGUUGAGUCUGUCACAUAUUAUGGGCUUCAAGAUGGCACAGGACCUGCUGCUCCUGUAGUCAGUAGUGUAGAGCCCUUGCAGUUUCACAGCGAGUCUGCUCCUCUAAGCUAUGAAAACCUGGCAUCUGAUCAGACUGGAUCCGUCAACUCCUAUUCAGGAGCAGGCAGCAGCGCUUCAAAUGUGAAUACUGAGCAUUUUUCUGUUGAUAGUGGGAAUGAUGGGGGAUCUAUCGAGGUUCCUUCUACCACAGCCACGGUUCAAGCACCUGCAACUGUUUCUUUGCCAUCAACUAAUUCUGUUCCUACUGCCGCAUCUAUUUCUGCCACAUCAGUGGCUACCAAGGUUCAAUCUAAAGUUCCACGAAUGAAAAAGCGAACAAUUGCAGUUGCUUCCUCCUUGAGGUCUAAUAAGAAAGUCUCCAGUUUAGUAGACAAGUGGAAAGCAGCAAAAGAGGAGUUGCUUGAAGAUGAGGAGGAACCUGAAAAUGCAUAUGAGUUGUUAGAGAGGAAGCGACAAAGGGGAAUAGAGGAAUGGUACGCACAACAAAUUACUAGUGGAGAGGCCAAAGAUAAUGCCAAUUUUCAGCCUCUGGGUGGCGAUUGGCGUGAGAAAGUGAAGCGAAGAAAAGCUCAAUUAGACCGUGAAGCUGCAAAAACCGCAGCAGCAUCUACAUCUGGGGCUCCUACCGAUGGGAACCAGCAGCCUGAUAUGACCGAACAAUCAAACGGUCUCCCACACGGAUGGCAGGCCUACUGGGACGAAUCCUCAAAGAAGGUUUACUAUGGAAAUACCGUGACAUCGGAAACUACAUGGACGAAACCAACAAAAUGAGUCUUCAAAUUUUUGAGAGAUUUUUAAGUAGAUAGGAUUAAUUGUAGCGACGUGUUUUUGCAUUUUGUACUCUAGGAGGAGGGUUGGAUUAGGAACUGUAACACUCACGUUCUGCCGUACAAUAACAAUUUUGAAAUAAUGUCUUGCCAAUUUAUUCUCCAAAUUUGGCUCGGCGUUCGGGCUAAAAAUUCAUUAA